CUAUAUUUUAUACGUCUAUGCUGGCAACAGCAAAAUAGCGUAUUGUCGCUUCUGCCUUCUGGUUCUACUAGUCCCUAUUCGUUGGCAUGGUGUCGCACUUAUUGUUCCGCAUUCUCUUUCCCUUUUCCAGACAUUUUUCAUGGCAAAAACCCGUAGUAAAAUUACUAAAUCGCUCUCUAGACAUCCUGUCAACAACAUCACAAAAUUUCCUAGGCGAUUUUGUUUUCAUUGUUAUUAUUGUAUAGUUAUUAUCUAUACAUAUGGCUAAGUCUGAAUUCGUUGGGUUAAACCAAUGAUAAACGUUGGAAUCAGCCUUAUAAUCAUUUUACAGACGAACUACGAUAAAUUGGGAAAAAAAAAUUCAGUUCUUUGACAGCUGCGAACGGUGGAUCUGAUUACGGAGGAUUGUUCUGUUCACAUUUGGACUAUGGAUAAUGAUAACCCAAUAAUUUAUGGUCUUGAGUUUCAAGCAAGGGCAUUGUCACCACAGGCAGCAGAAACAGAUAUUGUAAGAUUCUUGGUAGGGACGCAAUCGUUGAAAUUUCACGAUAACCAAGUUCAUUUGGUCGAACUCAAUGAAGAAACAGGUAGUUUAAAAACUCAGGUAUUUCACCAUUCCAUUGGUGAAAUUUGGAAUUUACAAGCUUCUCCUGUUGACAUCUGCAAUUUUAUUACUUGCUAUAACACACUGAAUGAUGAAGGCAUAUGCCAGAUGAAGGGAGCUAUCUGGAAACUACCAGAAAUUUUAAAUGAUUCACACGAGAUCCAGGAUCUUGGAAAAAUAGCUGAAAUUGAUACCACAAGCUAUGGAAACGACCUUAAAAUUAUCACUUAUCAUCCCACCGAUGGUUCGAGAGUUGUUUCAGUAGUUGAUAAUAACUUUGUACUCUGGGACCUUGCAGCUGAUAGUCCAAAAGCAAUUUCACAGGGAACUCUGUCUAGCAAAGGUCAACCAAAGUUUACAACUGGUAAAUGGAAUCCACAUAAUGCUUGUAAUCAAUUCGUAACAUUAAAUGAUAAUCAUGUUCGUGGAUGGGAUUUUAGGAAUCCGACAGAACAAGCAUGGACACUACAAUCAGCCCACUCUCAAAUCAUCAGAGAUUUAGAUUUCAAUACGAAUCGUCAAUACUUUCUGUCAACUUGCGGUGACGAUGGUUACAUGAAGUUUUGGGAUAUUAGGCAGCCCGACGAACCUGUCAUGUCGCGAAUGGAACAUUCACAUUGGGUCUGGAGUAUCAGAAUAAAUCGUUUCCACGACCAAUUAGUUUUGACAUCAAGUAGUGAUUCUAGAGUAAUACUAUGCAGUGUGACAUCCAUCUCUUCAGAGCCAUUUGGUCAUAUAGUAUCAGCCGAUGAUGAUGCUAUACAAACUGAUGGAGGAUCUAGCAAAAACAAAUUGGAUGACGGUGUUGUCGGGAGAUACGAGGAACAUGAGGACAGCGUCUAUGCAGUCGAGUGGUCAACCGCAGACCCCUGGACGUUUGCUUCACUGAGUUACGAUGGCAGGCUUGUCAUAAAUAAAGUGCCACGAAAAUAUAAGUAUCAAAUACUGCUAUAAUUAAUGAAUGAGCAUUUGUUUAUUCAGUGUUGAACCUCCGGUGAUUCCCUGGGCACGUUAAAUUGCGGCGAAGAUUAACGUUGCCAACAUAUUAGGAUUAUUGAGUUCGACAAGUAUGAUGUUUAAUUCGUGAUUGGAAAUAUGUACUGUAAGUCCAACAUAUCUUUUACAUUACGUGAAAACAAGUUUCGUAUAGCACAAUCGUAUUAAUUUAUACAAACAAACCUGACAGUUGAUAGUUAUUGCAGAACAAGAUCUAUCGUAGUGACAUAUGUCAUGUCAUAAAAAAAAUCUUUCAAAAUAUAUUCACCUCCUUUUCUACAA